GAGCGGAGCGGGAGCCGGUGGUCGGAGCUGCUGGAGGGGACCCUCGGUGGCGAUCGUGGCCGGAACACAGGUCCCUGUUCGUUUCAUGUCCGCGCGUUGCAAGACUGUGUGAGUCUGGUAUAAUUGGCCUCCCAAGAUCCUGUCUUAGCAAGAAGGAAGUGGAAAAAUAAUUUUGGAAAAACAAUAACAAAGACAAUAAGGAAGCCAGUACUUACUUUUACAUGGUUGUCAGCUUACCUACCAAUAUGAACACUCUUCCCACCAUUUGUCCUCCUGGUGGAGACAGUGGGUUGACAGAUUCUGUACCUGUGUUACAAAAAAUGUUAAUUGAUGAAAGAGUACGAUGUGAACAGCAUAAAGUUAAUUAUCAGACUCUGAAAACUGAACACAACAGAUUGCAAGAUGAGUACACAAAGUCACAAAAUGAACUCAAAUACCUGUUAAAUGAAAAGCAAACUAACCAGGAAAAAUUCCAGCUUCUGUUUGAAGAACUAAGAGGAGAAUUAUUAGAGAAAACUAAAGACUUAGAAGAAAUAAAGUUGCAGGUAUUAACUCCACAAAACUUGGAAUUGUUCAGAGCCCAAAUACGACAAGAAUUAGAAACUCCAAUGAGAGAGCGUUUUAGGAGUCUGGAUGAAGAAGUUGAAAACUAUAGAGCCAAAUAUAAUAAGCUUCGCUAUGAACAUACAUUUCUCAAGUCAGAGUUCGAACACCAGAAAGGAGGAUUUGAACGUAUUUUAGAAGAAGAAAAAAUAAAAUAUGAAUCAGAGAUUGCAAGACUGGAGAAAGAUAAAGAAGAACUACAUAAUCAGCUGCUUAAUCUUGAUUCCACAAGAGAUAGCAAACGAGUGGAGCAACUUACUCGAGAAAAAGUCCAUUUGGUUCAGAAAUUAAAAGAGUUACAGGCUGAAGUAGCCGAAUUAAGGGCUGAGAAAGAGAAUUCUGGUGCUCAGGUAGAAAAUGUCCAAAGAAUUCAGGUGCAGCAGUUGGCUGAGAUGCAGGCUACAAUCAGAUCCCUGGAGGCUGAAAAACAGUCAGUUAAACUACAUGCUGAACGCUUGGAAAAAGAGCUACAAUCAAGCAAUGAACAAAAUACUGUUUUAAUCAGUAAAUUACAUAAAGCUGAACGGGAAAUAAAUGCAUUGACCAGUAAAGUAAAGGAAAUUAAACAUUCAAACAAACUAGAAAUAACAGACAUCAAACUGGAAGCAGCAAGAGCUAAGAGUGAUUUAGAAAGAGAAAGAAAUAAGAUUCAAAGUGAAUUGGAUGGAUUACAGUCAGAUAAUGAAAUUCUCAAGUCGGCUGUUGAACACCACAAAGUGCUCUUAGCAGAAAAGGAUCGUGAACUAAUACGUAAAGUACAAGCUGCCAAGGAAGAAGGUUAUCAAAAACUUGUGGUAUUACAAGAUGAAAAGCUUGAACUUGAGAACAGAUUAGUGGAUUUAGAGAAAAUGAAAGUGGAAUAUGAUGUCUGGAGGCAGUCUGAAAAAGAUCAGUGUGAUGAGAAAUUGCGGGCUUCACAGAUGGCAGAAGAGUCGGCAAGAAGAGAACUUCAAAGUAUUAGGUUAAAACUUCAACAACAAAUUGUGAAUAUUGAAAAUGCAGAGAAAGAGAAAAAUGAAAAUUCUGACCUGAAACAGCAAAUCAGUAAUUUGCAGAUCCAAGUGACCUCACUAACACAGUCAGAGAAUGAAUUGCUGAAUUCAAACCAAAUACUGAAGGAAAUGGUGGAGAGGUUAAAACAAGAGUGCCGAAAUUUAAGAAGCCAAGCUGAAAAAGCACAACUAGAAGUUGAAAAGACAUUGGAAGAGAAACAGAUCCAGUGGCUGGAAGAAAAGCAAAAGCUUCAUGAACGUAUUACAGACCGAGAAGAAAAGUAUAACCAAGCUAAAGAGAAACUGCAGCGAGCUGCAAUUGCCCAGAAAAAGAGAAAAUCUCUUCAUGAAAACAAAUUGAAGAGACUACACGAGAAAGUAGAAGUCUUGGAGGCAAAGAGAGAAGAAUUGGAAACAGAAAAUCAGGUGUUAAAUAGACAAAAUGUUCCAUUUGAAGAAUAUACAAGGCUUCAAAAAAGACUGAAGGAUAUACAGAGAAGACAUAAUGAAUUUCGAAGUUUAAUUUUGGUUCCUAACAUACCUCCAACAGCGUCCAUCAAUCCUAUUAGCUUGCAGUCAUCAACCAUGGUUCCAGGCAUGGAGCUAGCCUUUCCUCCUCAUAUGCAGGAGGAACAACAUCAAAGGGAACUCUCUCUACUUCGUAAAAGACUAGAAGAACUAGAAACAACACAAAGAAAACAACUAGAGGAACUUGGAUCAUCUGGGGAAUGAUGUUUUUAGAGAAAAGGGAUGAAAUUGGUGACCCAAUAAAGCUUGAAGUUUAAACAUA